UACUUUCCUCAUCGCAAUCAACAUGACAACAACUCAGUAAUAUGAUAAUGAAAAAUACAUAUUCUUUCAAAUUUCCUCCCACAUUGGCUUGGCUUUUGAAUUUCCCGCCGCACACUUUUUCGACAUUCACUACCAUUUUUCGUAAUUCUCCAUCUCUUUCGCCCCGAUGACAAUCCAUUUCGAAUAUGUGUAGUAAUUUUCCUUCAAAACAAAUAAAGCCUCUCUUAUUGUGAUUAAAUAAGUGCUUGGCAAAGUUUCACCCAGCAACUGAAUGGGUGGUUUAGGAUAAUCAGGAAAAUUGCUGAUUUUCCUGCCGUUGUUUAGAGUUGCACUGCGCAGUAUUUCUAUUUAAAAUACGCCUACACUUCAGUUCUCGCGAAGAAGGUCUUCAGUCAGAUUUCACUCACGACCUUUCUCUUUGUGCUAUUGUUUUCCCCAAAAGCCAGUUCCUGCUUAAUAUAUUUUCCACGUACCGCUAUCAGGUGUGAUAAGAAAAUGCGCACACUGACGGGAUGUUGUUUUGGCGUUGGCUGUUUUCUCCUCGCGGGAUUCCUCGCAGUGACAGUGAGGGCAACGAGUGACGAGCAUCCCUGGGAUGUGCUGAUCUUCACGCAGCAGUGGCCUCAGACGGUCUGCCACCAGUGGAAGUCCUUUGACAAGAGGCACAAGUGUCUCCUGCCCUCCGCGAGGAAUCUCUGGACAAUCCACGGAGUCUGGCCGACCAAGUACGGUCAAAAGGGACCCGCAUAUUGCAACUCAUCGCUGGUCUUCAACAGCACCGAAAUCGCCUCCAUAGAGAAUCAGCUGGAGAUCUUCUGGACCAAUGUCGAGCUCAAGACGGACCACUAUGAUUUCUGGCGCCACGAAUGGGAGAAGCACGGCACCUGUGCGUCAGUUCUGCCCGAACUGAGCAAUGAGGUUCGCUACUUCAGUCAGGGACUGAAUUGGCUUCAUCACUACUCAAUGUCCUCGAUUCUCGCCGAAGCCAAAAUCCAGCCUGACUCCUCGCCAAGCGUCGAUGAGAUUCACUCAGCCGUUCUCAGCCAACUGAAGCACAAUCCCGUCAUUCACUGCUCCUACGAUUCCAGUCGAGGGGAGAAUUUCCUGGAAGAGAUCCGCAUCUGCUUCAGCAAAACCCUCGAACUGAUUGACUGUGAUGGAGUUGUAGAGUUGAAUUAUCCCAUUCAAGAGCACUCCGAAGGCAAGAUAAUCUCAAACUGCGAUCCGACCAAGAAGAUCCUUUACCCAAGCAUCGUACCCGAUCUCGAGGAAGGUCUCCCCGUUGCGAGAGCAGACAUCGACGACACCGCGUGGAAGCUGCCGCUCGUGAACAUCUACAGAAUCAUCCAGAUCGUCAAGUGGGCCACUUUUUAGACUGCUUCUCGCGCUACACAUUUGCUAGCGUCCCGCCUCGUUUUAGCCAAUACUUUGUAAAUACUUCGAUUUUAUUUUAAUAAUUGUAUAGAUUUUUCCUUUUUUCUUUAAAUAUAAAUUAAAAUAUUUAAUAGAAGAUACCAUGACGUUGUUUUCUUCGCGCUGACUUUCCGAUAGAAAGUGUUUGAGAAAGUGGAAACAAUGUUGUGAUCAAAUUACUGAAGGAGAGAGCUAUUCUACGUAAAAAGUUAUUUUGGAUGAAAAACUGUGCACUUUAGUUGAGUCAUUGUAGCACGAUAUUUCUAAUUAUGACAUCGCGGAAGUUCUUUCAGUGAAUAAAUGCGAAUGAAUCAUUUGAUCUUACAGAGUCACAGAAUCAAACUGAAGAAAUUCAGACGAAAGUCUCCUUCUAUAGUCUUAUCUGUCUCAUAAAAUUGUUUAUUUUAGUAUGGAAACAUAUUUCAGCAUAAUUGAGCAUAGGAGAAGA